GCGCACCGCUUCGACAACCUGAAAGCCCCUCCACAAACAUUUCUGCACGACGAACGCCCUGAAAUCUUAUGAUAAAAUUGCUUUUGCGAUUCUCAACAUAAGAUACUAGUUGAAGUUGCGCGGACCGCUUCCCGAAAGAACAACAAACUUAAAUAGCCCUUUUGACGACCAACCCGCGCGCUUGUCGUCACCAAGCUUGAGCAAUUCAAUAUCGACAACCAAAUUAACAACAAACCAUCAAAUUUAUCACACGAUAGAAUGAACACAAUGGAUACAGAUAUGGCAGAUGUAGGCAGGACGGUUGAGCCCACGGGAUUAUCUCCAGUAGCAGAACCUGCUUCAAUACCAACUCUUGAUGGGUGGAUUGAGAACUUGAUGGCGUGCAAGCAACUGGCCGAGGUCGACGUUCAGAGGCUUUGCGAUAAGGCACGAGAAGUAUUGCAAGACGAGUCGAAUGUACAGCCGGUGAAAUGCCCUGUUACUGUCUGCGGAGAUAUUCAUGGGCAAUUCCAUGAUCUGAUGGAGCUCUUCAGAAUUGGUGGACCAAACCCAGAUACCAAUUAUCUAUUUAUGGGUGAUUAUGUUGAUCGAGGUUAUUACUCAGUCGAAACUGUCACUCUUUUAGUCGCUCUAAAAAUAAGAUACCCCCAAAGAAUCACCAUCCUCCGUGGUAACCACGAAUCCCGCCAGAUCACUCAAGUUUAUGGAUUUUACGACGAGUGCCUCCGAAAAUAUGGAAAUGCAAAUGUUUGGAAGUACUUUACCGAUCUCUUCGACUACCUUCCCCUCACCGCCCUCAUCGACAACCAAAUCUUCUGUCUCCACGGAGGUCUUUCCCCCAGCAUUGACACGUUGGACAACAUCAGAGCUCUUGAUCGUAUACAAGAAGUGCCACAUGAAGGUCCUAUGUGCGACUUGCUAUGGUCGGAUCCAGAUGAUAGAUGCGGAUGGGGAAUAUCCCCUAGAGGAGCAGGUUACACUUUCGGACAAGAUAUUUCGGAGGCGUUCAACCAUAAUAACGGAUUGACCUUAGUCGCAAGGGCUCAUCAAUUGGUCAUGGAGGGAUACAAUUGGUCUCAAGAUAGAAACGUAGUUACGAUCUUCUCAGGUAUGGUGCCUUUAUCUCUUUCAGCGGUGUCGGAUGCUAACCAUAAAACAGCCCCCAAUUACUGCUACAGAUGUGGUAACCAAGCAGCAAUCAUGGAGAUUGAUGAGCACCUUAAAUAUACUUUCCUACAAUUUGAUCCAUGCCCAAGAGCUGGAGAGCCAAUGGUAUCACGUCGUACUCCCGAUUACUUCCUCUAGAUAUACAGAUGGAGCGACAUAAGACGAAACACUUUGAUAUGCGAUAUUGCGUUACAAUGAUUGGGACAGAAGCAAUGAACAUUCUGUUUUCUGUAUGUGAGGUUCUAUGGCAUCCUUUGGGAAUAGCAUUCUAAUUGGUAUUGCCUACGAAUAAUACAUUGGUGGCCUAAUCCGGAAUUCAUCCAACUUUUGUAGACUUGCAUUAGACUACUUAUUAUACCAAAAUGCAAAAAAGCAGUUGAGGAUAUUUUCUUUGAAGGGGGAUACCAGCGUCGUGAAUAUACAUUCCUAUUAU